AUGAUCGAGAUAAAUGAGGCGGCAGACUUACAGACGACCGAUCUGGUCCGCCCAAAUGGACAGAUCAGAGUCCAGCGAAAGAAAGGUCCCCCAACAGCGCCACUCAACCCGGAGAAAGAAGCUGCAAAGAAAAGGCAGCUCGAAGCCAACCGGCAGUAUGGUCGAGGGAAAGGCAUCAAUCCACGGAGCAUCCGCGACAAAAAAGUUCGCAGCAAUCUGAAGGCCCUCGAGGAUCGAUAUCAGGAUGCAUCAUUGAAAGCCAAGGACGCCGAAAUUCUGCUUGAGAAUUCAUCUGGUUUCCUGCAACCCGAAGGUGAACUUGAGCGGACCUACAAGGUUCGACAGGAUGAGAUUCAGUCGGAUGUUGGGGUCGAGACGGCGAAGAAGGGGUUUGAGUUGAAGUUGGACGGCCUCGGACCUUAUGUGCAGGACUACACCCGGAACGGACGACAUCUGCUUAUAGCUGGGCGAAAGGGACAUGUUGCGACUAUGGACUGGCGGAGCGGGCAGCUUGGGUGCGAGUUGCAGCUAGGGGAGACUGUGCGAGAUGCGAAGUGGCUGCACAACAACCAGUUCUUCGCCGUGGCGCAGAAGAGGAAUGUGUACAUCUACGAUCAUCAUGGCGUGGAGAUACACAACUUGGAUCAGCAUGUCGAGGUGGAGUACAUGGAAUUCUUGCCGUACCACUUCCUGCUUGCGACUAUUGGCAAAGCUGGAUGGUUGAAGUGGCAAGACACGAGCACCGGAAAGCUUGUCAUGCAGAUGGGCACCAAGCAAGGAACGCCUACAGCCUUUGGUCAAAACCCUUACAAUGCUAUCUUGCACGUGGGGCAUCAGAACGGGACGGUGUCGCUGUGGUCACCCAACAGCACCACGCCUCUUGUCAAAAUGCUGAACCAUCGUGGUCCGGUCCGCUCUCUCGCCAUGGAUCGCGAAGGUCGGUAUAUGGUCUCUACCGGCCAGGACAAGAAGAUGGCGGUCUGGGACAUCCGAACCUUCAAGCCAGUGCAUGAGUACUACAUGCACGUUCCAGGAUCAAGUGUAUCCAUCUCCGAUCGCAACUUGACUGCUGUCGGUUGGGGCACACAGACGACCAUGUGGAAGGACCUGUUCUCCAAGCACGUUUCGGACCAGGUUAAAGUGCAGUCGCCGUACAUGGCAUGGGGCGGGGAAGGCCAAUCAGUGGAACGUGUCCGCUGGUGCCCAUUCGAAGACAUCCUCAGCAUCGGCCACGACAAGGGCUUCUCAUCCAUCAUCGUCCCCGGAGCGGGCGAGCCAAACUUCGACGCGCUUGAAGUGAAUCCAUACGAGAACGUCAAGCAGCGCCAGGAAUCCGAAGUCCGGUCUCUGCUCAACAAACUUCAACCCGAGAUGAUCAAUCUCGACCCCAGCUUCGUCGGCAAGCUGGACACUGCUUCGAACAAGCAGAAGCAGCUCGAGAAGGAUCUGGAUCGUAAGACUGGGGCGGCGGCGGAGCGGGAGCGGAUCGAAGAGCUGAAGAAUCGCGGGAGAGGGAAGAACAGCUCGUUGAGGAAGUACAUGCGGAAGAAGGGGAAUAAGAAUGUGAUUGAUGAGCAUAAGAUGAGGGUCAUGGAGAUGCGGGAGGAGAAGCGGAAGAAGGCGAAGGAGGCGAAGCAGGGGAGGGACAAGGAGGAUUUCGGGCCUGCGCUGGGACGGUUUGCUAGGGGCGCUGGAUGA